GAAUUGUUUCGAAGUAGUCCUAUGACAGUUUACAUCCGGUUCGUGGCUGGCUUUCCCCGCCCAUGUCGCUUGUGAAUUUUGGUUUAACUAUUUUUUUUCGAUUCGCGUUUCCCUUGAACGUCGAGAAAAUGAGCUUCUUGCUGCCAAAGUUACAAACUAAGAAAGACGUUGACCACAUCAUUAAGACCGUAGCAGAGAGGGUACUGGUUCUGCGUUUCGGUCGUGAUCAGGACCCAGUGUGUUUACAACUGGAUGAAAUUCUUUCAAAAACUGCUCAUGACCUGAGUAAAAUGGCAGCUAUUUACCUGGUGGAUGUUGACAGUGUGCCUAUAUACACUCGCUACUUUGACAUCAGUUACAUUCCUUCCACAGUUUUUUUCUUCAAUGGCCAACAUAUGAAGGUGGAUUAUGGGUCUCCAGAUCAUACGAAGUUUAUUGGGUGUUUCAAAACAAAGCAAGACUUCAUAGAUUUAAUUGAAGUAAUAUUCCGAGGAGCAAUGCGAGGAAAGCUGAUAGUACACAGCCCUAUUGAUCCAAGGAAUGUCCCAAAGUAUGACCUCCUUUAUCAUGGCAUCUAAAUGGACUGGCAGUGUGCCGUGGUUUGCAAAUACUUGAACAGAAUGCAAUUUCAAGACAUCAACUGUCCAUUUGUUGAGGAGUAUUGAGAUUUGAUGCAAAGUGGAUAGUCCACAACGUUAAUUGACGAGAAAUUUCUUGUAAGAACUUUGCAAGAAUCGUGAUGAAUGGACUCCACACAAUGAGUUAUGCUCCUCUAUUGUGUAAAAUUUCAGUUUUCUGCAGCUGCAAAUCUCAGCUCAUUGGCAGGUCUGCCACCACAAACUUGCCUUAAAGAUUAGCUUUGGAAAAUUUAUUUGACUGACAAUUGGUGUUUUCCCAAUUAGCACUUGACAGGAAUUCUCUAGAUAGGAGAUUUUCCAAGCUGUGUUUUUCAAAAAUUAUAUCUAAGAAAUAAACCCUGUACAUGGAAAAGGCUAUUGGAAAGGAAGUCAUAAUUUCAACCGGAAGGAGAAAUACGGUUUCUGCACUUACACAUCAUUCGUAUACUAAGGUGAUAGGUUUCUAACCCACUUGUAAGCUCAUGCUCCUUGGUGAAUGUGUUUUUUUUCAAUCUCCAAGUUUUCCUAUGGAGUAGAAGUACUUACUUCUGGAAUGUGGCUUGAACCCACAUUCUAGCACGUCGUACACAGUUCUAAUGUAUGGAUACAAAGUGUCAACAGACACGCCUACUGGUUGUGGUUUUCUCCCCUCAACGUUAUUUUUCUGUCCCAAAUAAGGUUGCUCAUGCAGACAUGUGGUUCAGGAUGUAAUUUUGUGAUGCAUUGAGGAGAUGACUACUCAAGUGUGAACCUACUGUUUCCAAAUUAUUUAAUCAGCAGAGGCAUAAUGUUCUAGCCUAAUCUUGUCCUCACACACCUGUCAUAUUUUCUAUCACUAAGUCAUGAACAGCAAGUUGGUGCUUCCUUCAGACUGUAGAUGGGGCAAGGUGUAAAACCCCUUAGCACUGAGCCAGCUGAUAUCAGCUAACUCAGCAUAGAUCAGAGAAGACUUCCUGUUUGUCAGGCAUACAGUAAUUGGAGCACAAUGAUCUUUGGUCACCUUGCAUGUGAUUAAAAUGUACUCUAUAAUUUUUUUAUUUGUAUUGUGGUUCUUCUAACCAACUUCACGUUUGAAGGUAAAAGUACAAUACUGCAAACAUUGUGCAAGAAUCCUCACUUCUCAAUUUUUUGGUUUCAAUAUUUUAUCAAAUUAAAAUUGUGAGCUGGAAAUUAAUCACAUACUUUAGAAUAGCUUGUGGUGAAGUGAUUGUGGUGUGGAAAAGGGGCUGUUGGAAAAGAAACCAAACAAGCUUUAUUUGAUUAUGAAGCCAGUCCUGAAGGCUAAUUGUAGACUGAUUCCUGAUUAAAGGGGUUCCGAAAAAGACAGCGUGCCCAGGAUUUGGUAAUACAAACAACAUCAGUACUUAUACAAUGAAUGGUAGGGCCCUGGGAAGUGUUGUAGAACGGAGAGACAUCGGGGGUUCAGGUACAUAAUUCUUAGAAAUUUGCGUCACAGGUAGACAGGUUGGUUAAGAAGGCAUUUACAUGCUUGCCUUCAUUGCUCAGACCUUUGAGUAUGGGAGUUAUGUUCAGAACAUUGAGGCCUCUCCAGGAGUACUGUGUGCAGUUCUGGUCGCCCAUUAUAGGAAGGAUAUUAUUAAACUGUAGAGGGUUCAGAAAGGAUCUACCAGGAUGUUGCCAGGAAUAGAGAGUUUGAAUUACAAGGAGAGGCUGGGACAUUUUUUCACUGGAGCAUAGGAGGUUGAGGGGUGACCUUAUAGAGCUUUAUAAAAUCAUGAAGGAUAUAGAUAAGGUGAAUGGCAGGUGUCUUUUCCCUACGGUGUAGGAUUUCAAGACGAGGAGCCAAAUUAAGGAGAGCUGAAAGAUUUUAAAAAGAGACAAUGGACUUUUUUUUUCAAAAGAGAAGCACAAUGAGUUGUGUGGAAUGAACUGCCAGACGAACAGCUGAUGAGGGUACAGUUACAAUAUUUAAAAGACAUUUGGAUAAGUAUAUGAAUGAAAUGUUGAGGGAUAUAUGCCAAGCACAGGCAAGUGGGACUAGUUUAGCUUGGGAUUAUGGUCAACAUGGAUUGGUUGGACCAAUGAGUCUGUUCUGUGCUGUAUGACUAUGACAGUAAGUACUUCCACUGAGAAUUGGUAAAGGAUUCAAACAAUUGUGUGCACACUUACAGGUGCAACAUUUUUCAAAACAUUUGCUGCUUAAAUAAAGAAGAAUUAAUGUGGU